GAGCGUUGCCUUCACGCGCUCCACUCAUCACGCGCGUCCGUGAAGUGGUGUUUCGUUUCUCACUUUUCAUUUUUUUCCCCCGCGUCACACAUUUAUUUGGGCUCUUGAAAGAUUGAGAGAACUAUCGAAGAGCUUUUGGGGCCGAUAGGACAUGCUUUUAAGCCACGGAAAUCUCGAUGUUUUAUCUUGCGUUUUUGUCUGCGCUUGGUCUCAUGAUGACAAUGUAGAGAAAGUGCGCCGUGACCGCGAGCGCAGCGCACGAGCGAUGUUGACGCCGUCACCCUGCCGCCUGGUUCCCACAGCUUCUUGACUUUUUCCAGUGGAGUAUAUUGUAGAUGAACUUGUGAAUGUAACAGAAGACGGCUGUUGAGACGCAAGUGAACGGUCCAGCUGCCCACGCUGCCGCUGGGUCGCUCUGCACGUCUGUGCGCACUUCUGAGGAGAAAACAGCGAGCAACUAAAAAAAGGGGACAAGACGCGUCCUUGUUUUUCGUGAUUUUUUUGCCCAGUCCUCGUUUGGUGAGCUCUGGAGAGACGUGGAGCUAUUUCAAGCUGUCUGCUUCUCGGGAUUUAUAACAUUAGAAUGCUAACGUUUGGAGUAAGGUGUCUAACUUAAGGUGACCAUUACGCUCGAGCGUCGACGUUUGUUGGAACGCAUAAAUGGACGAAUAUCAGGAGGACUGAUUCGGAAUUGUUGUCAGGAAAAAUGUGGCUGAAACGGUGUGUCACACGCAGUUCUUUGGUUGCUUGGAGACCUGGAGGAAUUCUGGGAUGUAGAAUGUGGAUCCUCUUCAUCCUUGUCCAUCUCACAAUGGAUCUGUCUCUGUGUGCACCGCCAGGCCAGGGGCUCACCCUCAAACUACUGCCCAGAUCAGUGCCCCGCCAGCAGCUGCAUCCUCCGUCCGCUCUGACUGGCCAGCACUUGAGGACUCUGGGGGUCUUGCAUCGUGUUCUUCCCCCUCCCUUGCCAUCAGUAGGCAACCACGGGGAGCAGGGGGGCACCAAACUGUGGGGGCGGAAAAGCCGCCGGUCAAUUCAGAAACGGCAACUUUGUGCGGAGUGCGAAUUGACCCCCUCUGACAAAGGGAAGUCGGUAACAUUACCAGAGGGGAGUAAAUCUGAUUUAAAUCUGCAUUUAUCUCGCUCACGGAGGCAGCUGAAAGGGGACAGCUAUGACUCCCUGGAGGGAAGGACCACCACAGUGGCGGGAUUUAUUGACUGGGGCCCUACAGGGGCUGACGAGGGGAUUGAGGAGGAGGCGAAGGUGACCCCAAAUGCCACCGUUACCUCUUUAGCUCCCUCCACCACCACAGUUACCAUAACUAGCACUACCACACGCAGCCCCCAAAGGACGUAUGCGGUAAUUACAACCGCACAUCCUAAGAGGCACAGCACCACACAGCCAAGCAACUCCAGAGUGACUGCCAAACCACCGAAACCUUUUGGGGACACACCAGGUCUGGCUGUUCACCAGAUCAUCACCAUCACUGUGUCCCUCAUCAUGAUCGUCGCAGCCUUGAUCACUACUCUAGUCCUUAAAAACUGUUGUGCACAGUCCGGGAAUGGCCGACACAGCAGCCAUCAGAGAAAGAUCAACCAGCAGGAGGAAAGCUGUCAGAAUCUGACCGACUUCACGCCGGCUCGUGUGUCCAGUAAAGUGGACAUCUUCACCGCAUACAACGACAGUUUACAGUGCUCGCACGAGUGUGUGCGGGCCGGCAUACCCGUGUACACGGACGAGAUGAUCCAGCACACUCCCAUCUACAAGACCUCCUACAACGGAAACAGACCGUCGCCCACUGAAAGGCAGCUAAUCCCUGUGGCCUUUGUGUCCGAGAAAUGGUUCGAGAUCUCCUGUUGAGGCCCUUUUACUACCUUUGGGUUGAGCCCACGUCUUCAAUUUGUGCCCUGGAUCUCAUUGGAAAACCUGUGAAUCAAACACAAAAGACUUAAAGAAAACACACACAUACACGCACACACACACAAUAAAGCAAAACAAAACCACAAGAACAACAACGACAAGCAAUUACAGCGACGGGAAGCGAGACGAACAGGCAGUUUUGUACAAAUGUGGGAUCACACUAGAAGUGGACUGAAGAUGUUUAUUUUUCUAGACUGAUGCAGUGCUAUGGAUACCACACCCAAAUUAUUUUCCAUAGACAUGUGCUCAUUUUAGAGAUGCUAUACCUAGAGCUGAUAUAUUCUAUACGUGUAUUACUGCACAUGUGGGUGUGCUGGAGCGGAGACGAUCUCUGACACGAUACGUCUGCUUGUGUGGAGAAAAGACUCUCCUGAACUUUGUGCCAAUAAUGCCAUUAUGUGCCACUACAUAUAUAGAUGGGACGCGUUCAGUUUUGUGGAAAAUUACAGACACAACAUCGAGUAAUUUCAGUGACUGUCUCCCAAUAUCAAUCCGUCAUCCGUUUUUGUACAAAAAGUAUGAAUAUGUAUUUGAAAUAUGUUUUGAAAUAGCAGAGGAAAUGUGUUACAAAUGUCCAAAAAUAUUUAUAUGGAGCACUAUUCAUUUAGAUGAUGCAGAAAAACAGGAAAGAAAAAAAAAACAGAGAAGAUCCCAGCGAGGAAUAGUAAACCCAGGUUUUAAUUUCGCUACAUUGUUACUAGGCCCCGUUUUAAAGGAAUAGUCUCUAUUUUUAUACAAACGAGGUUACUAUGAGUCAGACAGACCCAAUUCAACUGGACUCUUGGGACUGUUAAUCUGCGAGCGGAGGUUCAAUUAUCAUUAGUAUUUAGCAUUUUUUUUUUAAAGCUACCAAACCAUGUGGAAGCCAGAUUCUGUAUUCAAAGCUUUGAUUUGCCAAAGCCAUGCUUCAGACGCUUGUCGAGUUUCCAUUUUUUUAUUAUUAUUAUCACUGAUGAGAAAUACAUGUACGGGUUAAUCAUGUUUACGGACUCACAGACCCCCAGAGAGGUUGUUUAAUACCAGUAUUACUGGGUUGAUCUGAAAUAACACACAAUUAUCUAUAAAAGCAUUAUAAAAUAGCUAAUAAACCUCCUUAAUUUGAAUUAAUCACUAUGGUGGUCGAGAGAGCUUAUUGUGCUGCAAUUUAAGAAAACACAUGCAAUUACAAAAACACCAGCAAAUUAAGAAACAAUCUUCAUCAGUUUGACAGCACAUGUGUUGCAAAUUCUCACAACACAAACAACUGAAGGAACACACUGCAUUUUGUCACAACACAAACAACUGAAGACACGCACUGCAUUUAACAAACGUGCUGCAUACUAUUAAAACAACGUUUCACAAUAAAACAUUAGUUUAUUUAGGCAAAUAAUUUACAAAAGACAAUGGAAUCAUGUAAUCAGGAUAUUAAAAUAAACAAAUAAAACUCACCUUUAAAAGACCACCAACAACUUCAUUGAGCAACAAUAACACAUCCAUAUCUCAGCAGGGUCGGUCAUGUUUUUGGGUCUCCUUGAAACAUUUCAGUUGUGUUACGUGGAUAUUUCUUCAGUUGUUUGUGUUGUGACAAAAUGCAGCGUGUUUCUUCAUUUGUUUGUGUUGUGACAAAAUGCAGCGCGUUUUCUUCACUUGUUUGUGUUGUGACAAAAUGCAGCGAGUUUCUUCACUUGUUUGCAUUGUGACAAAAUGUAGCGUGUUUCUUCAGUUGUUUGUGUUGUGAGAAUUUGCAACACAUGUGCUGUCAAACUGAUGAAGAUAGUUUUUUAAUAUGCUGGUGUUUUUGUAAUUGUUUUCUUAAAUUGCAGCGCGUUAAGCUCUCUUGGCCACCAUAGAUAGCAGUUAUCAGCAUUGCAUAUAGACUUUUAAAAGAACAAAAUAUUGUGUUCAUUUGUGUGCCUAGUAGUUUAUGUGAAGUUGAUUUCAUUGAAGUUUACAUCUAUAUUUAAAGAGACAGUUCACCCAGAAAUGAAAAUUCAUUGUUAAUUUGCUUUAAUUCCUCAGGUCAUCCAAGAUAC